AUGAAGAAGAGGCGGCGGCGGUGUGAGCGCGGCGGCGCUAUGAGCGCGGGCGCGCUGCGGGCGGGCGGCGCGGGCGACUCGACGCCGGGCUCCGACCACGGCGACCGCAUCACACGCCUCUUCCCCAAGUGCCGACCGAGGAACAUGCAGCACCAGCACGAUAGGAGUACAUCAACCCCAUUCAGCCCCUCCCCCGCUCCCCCCGCACCUUUCGCCUCGAACAAUCAGAAACCGCUGAACUACGGCGUAGAGGGCCGCGAGAUGAACAACGCUAACAACGUCUCCUCUGACGAGGAGCGCACCGCCGAUAGCCAACUGGUCAUCCUCAACUCGAAGGGGGGAACUUACAAACUGAGAGACUCCAGGAUAAUCGAGAUAGCGGGCGGCCGAGAGCUGUACUCGCAGAGUCGGACGAAGGCUGUGCGCAAGUUGCGCCAUAGCAACACGCACAAACACAACUUACGGAACAAGCGUGCUCCACCCAAAGACACUAUAGACUACACGGACAACGUUAACAAUGAGAUACCUCUCCACCGGAUCAUCAGCGAGCCGAAGAGGAUGGUGACCCGCCACACGUCGCCCACCUACACCAACGGCGACGCGUCCGGCAUGGGCAUACCGAGGAACAGCUCGCCGAUAUUAGACCCUCACAAGAAGGCGGACGUCAGCGCGAAGGGCAGCCCCAUCGCGGUCGUCGCUGACGGCGAGGUGGUCGUGUUCGACGACACCGAAGGCUGGAGAGGUUUGAGGACGGAAACGGAACCGCUAGCGGGGCCGGGACAGGGACCGGAAGUCAGUGACGAUGAGCUUGACUCGUGUGCAAAGCGAACUUUAGCCGGCGCCAAAGCUAACUUGAACGGUGACGCCUGUAAGAGUGAACUCAGCGGCGGCAGCUGUGAGAGCGGCGAGAGCGGCGAGCUCAGCGACGGCAGUAGGGGCGCGUGGCUGUCGGGCGACGAGGAUAAGCACAGGGUGACAAGGCUCAUCGGGGAAUUACCCAUCGCUGAGUACGAGGGCUCGCCGCGGAGGUACGGCGUCGGCAGCCAGAAGCCGAGCAACCGCUCGCCGCGGCCGGGAUUCCCCCAGAGGGUGGUGACGGAGAGCCGCGAGGUGUCACCCCCGCCUAGUUCCGCCUUCGACUACAUCGCGACAAACCUACCGCGGCAGAUACCUCUCCACCGGAUCAUCAGCGAGCCGAAGAGGAUGGUGACCCGCCACACGUCGCCCACCUACACCAACGGCGACGCGUCCGGCAUGGGCAUACCGAGGAACAGCUCGCCGAUAUUAGACCCUCACAAGAAGGCGGACGUCAGCGCGAAGGGCAGCCCCAUCGCAGUCGUCGCUGACGGCGAGGUGGUCGUGUUCGACGACACAGAAGGCUGGAGAGGUUUGAGGACGGAAACGGAACCGCUAGCGGGGCCGGGACAGGGACCGGAAGUCAGUGACGAUGAGCUUGACUCGUGUGCAAAGCGAACUUUAGCCGGCGCCAAAGCUAACUUGAACGGUGACGCCUGUAAGAGUGAACUCAGCGGCGGCAGCUGUGAGAGCGGCGAGAGCGGCGAGCUCAGCGACGGCAGUAGGGGCGCGUGGCAGUCGGGCGACGAGGAUAAGCACAGGGUGACAAGGCUCAUCGGGGAAUUACCCAUCGCUGAGUACGAGGGCUCGCCGCGGAGGUACGGCGUCGGCAGCCAGAAGCCGAGCAACCGCUCGCCGCGGCCGGGAUUCCCCCAGAGGGUGGUGACGGAGAGCCGCGAGGUGUCACCCCCGCCUAGUUCCGCCUUCGACUACCUCUACGAGUUCUCGGAGACGCGCAAGGUGCUCGAGGAGUUCUUCCGCUGUCCGGCAGUGCCGGGGCACACCCAGCUCAGCGCUAACGACGAGAUCGUCAACUUCCAGGACCUGGACUACGAACUGAGACGCCAGACUCAGGAGUGCCCCUCAGAAAACGGCAUCGAAGAGGGCAGCGACUCUGACUGGCCCCAGGUCACGGACACCCUGGACUCGCCCCAUUCUGCCCACAACCACACCAACUUCUUGGGACUACAGCAACAGGGCUCCCGGUACCCGGCGCCGGACGUCUCCGCGCUACGCGCCGGCCCGCCCGACAGCGACUGCGGCUCACCGGCGCCCCCUCUCGCCGCAAUCCGCGAACUCCGCGACUCGCGCGACAUUCGCGACUCGCGCGACAUUCGCGACUCGCGCGACAUUCGCGACUCGCGCGACAUUCGCGACUCGCGCGACAUUCGCGACUCGCGCGACAUACGUGACUCACGCGAAACCCGCGACGCGGUCGACGCGCGUGACUUGCGCGAAGUGCGUGAUUUGCGCGACCUGCUCGAGGUGCGUGACGCGCAUGACAGCCUCGAUGCGCGCGACAUUCUCGACUCGCGUGACAUUCUCGACGCGCGCGACAUUCUCGACGCGCGCGACAUGCUCGACCAGCGCCUCCCGUUCAAUGUGUCGUCGGCCGCCAGCGACUCGGCCAGUGACCUGUCGCUCGCCAUUAUGGAGAGCGAACUCUCCGAGAUGAAGGUCCAAAUGGACUCCAACCGCGUCGUAGUGGCUCAUCUGCCGAUAGUCGAGGACGGUCUCUCGUCGGGACACGCAUCUGACGCAGACAAUAAUAAUCAGAAUUCAUCGGUUAUAAUAGAGGAGAUAGUUGAGAAUGGAACCAACACCGACCCGAUGAUCUUGUCCGACGCCGAUCUGCACUCACUGGAUCCCUUAGCGUGCACGGGGCCGCCGCCGCCGGCGCCCGCGCCCCACCGCCCGCCCGCCGAACACGCCGCCCUGACGCCGCACGCCGCGCACGUGACGCACUCACCGCACGUGACGCACUCGCCGCACGUGACGCACGUGCCCCACGUGACGCACUCCCCGCGCGUGCCGCACGUGACGCACCUGCACACCGCUCACGACGACGUUUACCCGCCGCGCAAAAGGCCGUCAUCAGCUCAAAGCACGGAGUCUGUUGAAAUCAAACCGGCCAGCGGCGAUGAAGACGAAGCCGACACGGAUUUGGAGACCGAUAGGCUGCUCGGACAGCAAAGGACGGACGACCAGGGAUUUUUCGAUGACAAAAUGUGCGAUGACGACUCUCGGAUUUCUCUCGCGAUCCAAUACGCGAACAGUGGUGCAGACGUCGAGAGUGUCGGUGAAUUGCGUGUCGACAGCGAGGUCCAGUGCGCGGAUAUCGACAUUAGUGAUGUGAACCACGCCGCGGGUGUCGAUGUCGACCGGGGCGAUGUAUCGACGGGCGAACGGGCGCCGGACGAAACGGACGACGGGGGCUCUGAUGGAGAAUCUGCCACUAGUGAUGGGAAACUCCACGAUGGUGCAGAUGCGAAAAGCGGAGAUGAAACGGGUUGGCGCAAGCCCAAGCCAGCGUGUUUAGGGGUGUUCUUAGUUACGGUGCCAGUGCACGUACAAGGGUUGGCGCAAGCCCGUGCCCGCGUGUUUAGGGGUGUGCUUAAUGACGUUGCCGGUGCGGGUUCAGGGUUGGCGCAAGCCCAAGUCGCGAACGGUGAUGCCCGCGGGAGGGGCGAGCGGCGGGGGGGGGGGGCGGGGGGAGGGGCGCUGUCGCCCCACCCGCACGACGCACCGCUCGACGCGUCCGCCGAAGAGGCGCUACAAGCGGCCAAGGACAAGGAUGGGAAAAAGAAAAGCAAGAAUAGAGAGGACCCGUCAGUGCUCAUAGAGGGCGUGCUUUUCCGAGCUCGUUAUCUCGGCUCAACCCAGCUGGCCUGCGAAGGGCAGCCGACGAAAGCGACGAGGAUGCUGCAAGCCGAGGAGGCGGUCUCAAGGAUCAAGUGGGGCUGCGAGGGGCCGUACUCGGGAGUGUACGCGGCCCCGGCGGCGGUGUUCCGCCUCACGUUCCUCGGCUCCGUCGAGGUGGACGAGGACUCGAGGCGGCGCAGGAAGCGCCCCAAAAAGAACAUGGUCGAGGAGGCAGUCACUAAGAUCAAGGUUGCGCCCGCGAGCGGCACGACCGCGCCGGCUCGCUGUCGAGCGGAAACUAAGCCCUUGCGCCGACGGGAGUUU